AAACCAACUGUCAGUUAGAGUGAGUGGACGUGAUGGGGAAGACGGAGCGAGGGCUGGAAAACACGAAUUAAAACCUCUCCAGAAGUAUCAAAAAAACUACUUUUAAAGUUACGUGUGUAACGCCAACAGCUUACGCCGGCAUGUGUUAAUAUCUUACAGAGAAGCAGCAGCUUUCUUUUUUUUUUUCUUUUUCUUACUGCGAUAGGAACUAACAGCCAGUGUGUGUUUUCGGUGGAGGAUGUCAGCGCCGAGCAACUCGCUCCAGCAGCCGCGGGUGAGACGCAGCAACGCGGGCUCCCCCGGCUCGUUCAACAACAGCUGCCGUCUGCACCCCAUCCGUGCCACCGUGCCCUACCAGCUCCUGCGCGGGGGUCAGAGCAGCCCAACGCGGGCGCAGACCCUCUACGGAGCGGCCACCAACAGCCGAGGCUCCAGCCCCCCCUCCAGCCCGACACUCAGUUCAGGAAGUGCAAAUGCAAAGCAAAGACUGUCCCCUGAAAAUAAGGAUUCCUCCUGUCCCCCUGACUCUCCAGUUUCCAGAGCAGAAAGGUCCAAGUUACAGGUUCGGAGUUCCAGUGCCAUCCGGCGGACAUCUUCCCUGGACGCCAUCACGGGGCCAUACCUCACCGGCCAGUGGCCCCGAGACUCCCAUGGACCCUAUCCUUCCUGUAUGAAAGACAAAGCCACACAGACUCCAGGUCUCUGGAUUGAUGAGGGAGCCGAACAGGGAAGUCCUCACCAGCGGUCGGCCUCCUGGGGAAGCGCAGACCACCUCAAAGAGCAGAUUGCUAAACUCAGACUGCAGCUGCAGCGCAGCAAACAGGUCAGCCGGCAGAGCAAAGACAGGGAGCUGAGCUCACUGCAGCUGUCUCAGCAGGCGCAGCAUGGCAUUGCAUGCCAACCGCAGUCUUUCCAGCACAAGGGAACUUCAUCAGCCAUGUCAACAAUCCCUGUGCCAAAAUCACUCAUAUGCAGAGUGCCGAGCAGUGUGGAGGGCAUCAACCAUGAACUAGAAAAUGUGUUUAUCAGAGAGGACUGGGAGCAGGGCAUGCAGGCCAUGGAUGUGUUAGAUGGCCGCCGCGCUCCCUUCCCUCCGCAUCACUACAGCAGCAGCGGGGAGACACGCGACACGGACACACAGGCCCCUUCAAGUGGUGACUCCAGCCCGUUGCCCUGCCCCUGCAGCUCUGACCACCUCCACUCCCCUGAUGGAAGCCCUUGUUCUGCAGAGGAUAUUGACAAAGACAAUGUGUGCAGUUCUCCUCUUCCCAAGUUUGCCACUUCUCCCAAACCUAACAACAGCUACAUGUUCAAACGGGAACCUCCAGAAGGCUGUGAGAGGGUCAAAGUGUUUGAGGAGAUGGUGUCUGGCAAAUCAAAAGGCUUCCCCCUCUUCUCAUGCCCGGACAAAAAUAAGGUGAAUUUCAUUCCCAGGGGCUCUGCCUUCUGCCCUGUAAAACUCAUCUGCUCCUCCCUCUUCUCCCCCGUCUCUCCCUCGUCCUGCUCCUCCGCCAACCCUGUUCUCCAUGGCAACGACAUCCCAGGGCCUCAGGUGACUCCAACUCUGCCCACCGCACCACUAGCUACCUUCCCGGCCUCCGCUGACCGGAGCACCGACACAAGCACAGGCACAAACACAGACAGCCAGAGCCCCGACGCAGAUGUGGGGAAAGACGGCUCAGCACAAGUUCUCCUCACCAGCUAGUCCUCAGGUAUUCACGACCAAACCACCUACAGCUAAAAGCUAGUCAGGUGGUGUGGUUUUAAAGCAAAGAAAAUGUAAAAAAAAAAAAAAAAACAAACAAAAAAAAAAAAAUCCUUGCACUCCGUUAAUCCUAACGUUAGCCAGCAGGGAGUGUCCAAGGUCUGGGAUUGACACAACACACAUGGGAAGAUAAUGGCACCAGCCUCCAACCUCCAGUAGUGUUUGUGCCGCUGUUGAUGAACUUGAUGGUUUGACUAUUAUCGUCCAGACUUAAAGAGUGUGCUGACCUUGGGCACAGCCUCCCUUCACCCAUCACUAACCUAGCCUUCUCCUCUGUACCAUGACACCCAUAAACAAAAAAUAGCUUUGCUUUCUUUUUGCAAAAACGAAAAAAAAAUAAAAAUAAAAAUAGAAAUUACUGCUCAAAUUAUUGUGUUACGUAGUGCCUGCAGUUUUAUCAAGAUAAAUUAAAAAGGAACAAUCGUAAACAAAGAGACAACCAUGAGGUAUCAGAGAAACACGUUCUACUCAUGUUAUCUAACCAGCUUAUUAGCUGUUCAGUGUUCAGCAAGCUAACAUCUAAAGUACAUAUACAUAAGCUUUUUUUUGACAGAAUGGGAAAUGCUUGAGUCAUAUUUUUAACAUAUCAGUAUGUCUUACAGUCAGAACACAAUGCCCCACACAUUGACCACAAUGUUUGCACUUGUUAAGACCUGACUCAGAGCGACACAGGCCAUGACCUAAUUCAUUUUUUUUUUUAUUAUUAUUAUUUGUUUAUUUUAAAGUAUUUGUAACUCAGUGUCUAUGUGAAACCAGCAGUUGCUAGAGUGCAGCCUCCACCCAAAAGGUUUACAGGCCAAGACCUAGAUCUGCAUUUCUAGUCUGAUCACUAUUAAAACUUGGUUAGCUCAACACAAAAUGUAAAUCAGCUGUUUUUCGGUGACCAAACAACCAAUUACAAAGCACACAACUCCCUCCCCCCCUCCUCCCCUGUUUUAUUGCCCCACACUACACAGAACAGUAACUCAGGUCAUGUGGAAUGUACUUGCUUGGACUAUGUUGCCUUUCCCCAGUGUUUAUGACUUUAUUCUACAGAAAGACAUUACAGUCUUUUGCAGAAAUGUUUUAUUUUCCCCAGAGAGGGAGGUUAUUAAAGGACUGAAUCGACUCACUGAAGUCACAGCUUGUGACAGAUGACAUUAACCUGUUCAGGUUAGAUAUCACAUUCCAGAGAUCGCUGUUGCAUUGGUCAACCGUGAGUACUCGUGUCAAUGCAACUAGCUACAUAAGCUACACCCUCCCCAAAUUGAGAAGUUGACAAAUAUGUUAUUUUGUUUCAUCCCCUUUUGUUAAAUAUGUACCAAAGCAAAUUAUAAAACAAUGAAAGGCCUUUCGUGUAUUUGGGAAAAGAGAGGCACCAUUUGUGUGCCAGAAGCAGAAUGUUUAUAUGCACUUUGUUUUGUUUAUAAACAGUUGAGCGACAUAUAAACACUGGUUCAUAGUGUUUCAAACACAGGCGAUAAUCGUUAAAACCAAGCUGAAGCACUUACUUGGAAGUGAGAUGAUAAUCACUAUUUUUUAUUUUUUAUUUUAGACCAAUUUGUAAGUUAAAACAAUCAGAACGUAAGUGUGCAAUUGAUUUUUUUUUAUUUGUUUUUUGUUUGAAGUAAAGCUACACUAACAGUUUUUGUGUAACACAGGUUUGGCUCAAUAUACAGAUCCAACCAGAUGUGCCCUAACGUUACCUGCACAAGAUGCAUCACCAGAACAUUUAAAAAAAUAAAAAAGAGAGAGGAAAAAAAAAAAAGUUUGGUAAACUUGUUAUAAAUGUUUCAUUCCAAAACUUUGGUCUUUCAACCCACUUGCACACAGAAACACGAAUAUGAACAAUAUGCAACACAUUCCACACAAACUAAGUUGAAAUACUCUCUUCUGCUUGCAGCUCCAUGAGUUUCAAUCAUACUAAUUCUGAUUUUAUUCACAAGCUCAUUGUGCAGUGCAGUUAAGAAAUGUUGCCAUGUUUGGCAAUGAUGAUUCAGUUCUCCUGUGUAUUACGCAUUUUUAUGUAGAUCUUGUGUGUGUGUUUUUUUUUUUUUUUUUUCAAUAAAGAAAACAGAACCUGA